AUGAGGAGAAUUCUAUGGUUUUUGUGGGCUCACAGUCCUCCCCCACCAAUAGAAACUACAAGAGAUAGAGUUGAGAAAGAGGAAGAAGAUGAGAGACAAAGUGUUGAGGAUAUCUAUAAUGCAUAUGAUCAAUUAUGUGAAGAAUUUCUCAAGCAAAAGAAGAGAGUGCUAUCAUUGAGUUCGAGUCUCAACACAAACGAAGAAAAGAAGAAAGCACUCCAUGUUGAAUUA